AUGGAAAAGAAAGGAAGUAUCCGAGCUCCUCUUCUGGAGAAAUUUGAAAUCGAAGAAACAAAAGGAACAGAAAUGAAACCAGUUAAUCCACAAGCACGUAGCUAUGAUUCUGCGAGAGUAAAUAAUUUUCAAAAUUAUCCUUCACAACCUCAAAGUUCAAACUAUCCGGGUAUGACAGCGUUAUCAACUCCUCAGAACCAAUCUCCUGCACCUACUGCACAGCCACAAGUCCUAGCUCAGCCUCCACAACAACAGGUGAUUCCAUGUGCUGGCUGUAGAGCAUUAUUAAGCUAUCCUCUUGGAGCUCUUUGUGUAAAAUGCCCAAUGUGCGGAAUAAUGACUGCUGUCCAGCCUAUAGGCCAAAUUAAGUGUAGUUUAUGCAGAACAAGUCUGAUUUAUCCUAUGGGUGCUCCUUAUGUAUCAUGCACAUGUGGGUUAGUUUUCUCUGUAGGGCCUCCUCAGCAACCCAGUAGCGUUUAA